AUUCAGCGGUCGGGAGCUGCCGGCGCGGGGGAGCAGCCGGGCGCGGAGCGCGACUCGUCCGGGGGUGGGGCCGGGCGCAGCGGCGAGCGGAGACGGAGCUGGCUGCGGCGCUACAAGCGGAGCCCAGCCUCGAACCCGGCCGCGGCGCAGGGCGGCCUCCGCACUCCCGCUCGCCUCCCGGUGCGCCCGCCCAUGGCGGCCGCGGGGCAGCUGUGGCUGCUCUACCUGUCGGCGGGGCUCCUGCCCCGGCUCGGCGCCGCCUUCAACUUGGACACCCGCGAGGAGAACGUGAUCCGGAAAGCUGGGGACCGCGGGAGCCUCUUCGGCUUCUCGCUGGCCAUGCACUGGCAGCUGCAGCCCGAGGACAAGCGGCUGUUACUCGUGGGGGCGCCCCGGGCAGUCGCCCUUCCACUGCAGAGGGCCAACAGAACGGGAGGCUUGUACAGCUGUGAUAUCACCUCCCGGGGGCCAUGCACGAGGAUCGAAUUUGAUAACGAUGCUGACCCUUUAUCCGAAAGCAAGGAAGAUCAAUGGAUGGGGGUCACUGUCCAGAGUCAGGGUCCAGGGGGCAAAGUUGUGACAUGUGCUCAUCGAUACGAAAAAAGGCAGCAUGUUAAUACAAAGCAGGAAUCCAGGGACAUCUUUGGACGGUGUUAUGUCCUGAGUCAGAAUCUCAAGAUUGAAGAUGAUAUGGAUGGAGGAGACUGGAGUUUUUGUGAUGGCAGGUUGAGAGGCCAUGAGAAAUUUGGUUCUUGCCAGCAAGGUGUAGCUGCUACUUUUACUAAAGACUUUCAUUACAUUGUGUUUGGAGCCCCAGGCACAUAUAACUGGAAAGGGAUUGUUCGUGUAGAGCAAAAGAAUAAUACUUUUUUUGACAUGAACAUCUUUGAAGAUGGGCCUUAUGAAGUUGGUGGAGAGACUGACCAUGAUGAAAGUCUAGUUCCUGUUCCUGCUAACAGUUACUUAGGCUUUUCUUUGGAUUCAGGGAAAGGUAUUGUUUCUAAAGAUGAGAUUACUUUUGUAUCUGGUGCUCCAAGGGCCAAUCACAGUGGAGCUGUGGUUUUGCUAAAAAGAGACCAAAAGUCUGCACAUCUUCUCCCUGAGCACAUAUUUGAUGGGGAAGGUCUGGCCUCUUCAUUUGGCUAUGACGUGGCAGUGGCGGACCUUAACAAAGAUGGGUGGCAAGAUCUAAUUGUGGGAGCCCCACAGUAUUUUGAUAGAGAUGGAGAAGUUGGAGGUGCAGUCUAUAUCUACAUUAACCAGCAAGGCAGGUGGAAAAAUGUCAAGCCAAUCCGUCUUAAUGGAACUAAAGAUUCUAUGUUUGGCAUUGCUGUCAAAAAUAUUGGGGAUAUUAAUCAAGAUGGCUACCCAGAUAUUGCAGUUGGUGCUCCCUAUGAUGACAUGGGAAAGGUAUUUAUCUAUCACGGGUCUGCGAGUGGAAUCAACACCAAACCUACGCAGGUUCUCGAGGGUAAAACGCCUUAUUUUGGAUAUUCAAUUGCUGGAAAUAUGGACCUUGAUAGAAAUUCCUACCCUGAUGUUGCUGUUGGUUCCCUCUCAGACUCAGUAACUGUUUUCAGAUCCCGGCCCGUGAUUAAUAUUCAGAAGACUGUCACUGUGACACCUAACAGAAUUGACCUCCACCAGAAGACAUCCUGCCGGGCCCCAAGUGGGAUAUGCCUCAAGGUUAAGGCCUGUUUUGAAUAUACUGCCAAACCCACUGGUUAUAAUCCUUCAAUAACUAUUGUGGGCACACUUGAGGCUGAAAAGGAAAGAAGGAAAUCUGGGCUGUCUUCACGAGUUCAUUUUCAAAACUAUGGCUCUGAGUCCAAAUACACUAAAGAACUAACUCUGACCAGGCAGAAGCAGAAGGCAUGCAUGGAAGAAACCCUCUGGCUACAGGAAAAUAUCAGAGAUAAACUGCGUCCCAUUCCCAUAACUGCUUCAGUGGAGAUCCAGGAGUCAAAUGCUCGGAGGAGAGUGAAUUCACUUCCAGAAGUUCUUCCAAUUCUGAAUUCAAACGAGCCCAAGACAGUGCAGACAGAUGUGCACUUCUUAAAAGAGGGAUGUGGAGAUGACAAUGUAUGUAACAGCAACCUUAAACUAGAAUACAAAUUUUGUACUCGAGAAGCAAAUCAAGACAAGUUUUCUUAUUUACCAAUUCAUAAAGGUGUACCUGAACUAGUUCUGAAAGAUCAGAAGGACAUUGCCUUAGAAAUAACCGUGACAAACAGCCCUUCCAAUGCAGCAGAUCCCACAAAGGAUGGUGAUGAUGCUCACGAAGCUAAACUCAUUGCAACGUUUCCAGAUACCUUGACGUAUUCUGCACAUAGGGAACUGAGAUCUUUCCCUGAGAAACAGUUGAGCUGUGUUGCCAACCAGAAUGGCUCACAAGUUGACUGUGAGCUUGGAAACCCUUUUAAAAGAAAUUCCAGUGUCACUUUUUAUUUGAUUUUAAGUACAACUGAAGUCACCUUUGACACCACAGAUCUGGAUAUUAAUCUGAAAUUGGAAACAACAAGCAAUCAAGAUAAUUUGGCUUCAAUUACAGCUAGAGCAAAAGUGGUUAUUGAACUGCUUUUAUCGGUCUCUGGAGUUGCUAAACCUUCCCAGGUGUAUUUUGGAGGUACAGUUGUUGGUGAGCAAGCUAUGACAUCUGAAGAUGAAGUGGGAAGUUUAAUAGAGUAUGAAUUCAGGGUAAUUAACUUAGGCAAACCUCUUAAAAGACUCGGCACAGCAACCUUGAAUAUACAGUGGCCAAAAGAAAUUAGCAAUGGCAAAUGGUUGCUUUACUUGGUGAAAGUAGAAUCCACAGGGUUGGAAAAGAUAGCUUGUGAGCCACAAAGUGAAAUAAACCUCCUGAAGUUAAAGGAGUCUCACAACACAAGAAAAAAACGGGAAAUUGCUGAAAAACAGAUAGAUGAUAUCAGAAAAUUUUCUUUAUUUUCUGAAAGAAAAUACCAGACCCUUAACUGUACUGUGAACGUGAACUGUGUGACCAUCAAGUGCCCACUGCGGGGGCUGGACAGCAAGGCCUCUGUGGUUCUGCGCUCCAGGUUAUGGAACAGCACGUUUCUGGAGGAAUAUUCCAAAAUGAACUACUUGGACAUUCUUGUGCGGGCUUCCAUUGAUGUAAUUGCUGCCACAGACAAUAUCAAACUGCCAAAUGCAGGCACUCAGGUUCGUGUGACUGUGUUUCCCUCAAAAACUGCAGCUCAAUAUUCAGGAGUUCCUUGGUGGAUCAUCCUAGUGGCUAUUCUUGCUGGCAUUUUGAUGCUUGCUCUAUUGGUGUUUUUACUAUGGAAGUGUGGAUUCUUUAAACGCUCUAGGUACGAUGAUAGCGUUCCCAAGUACCAUGCUGUCAGGAUCCGAAAAGAAGAGCGAGAGAUCAAAGAUGAAAAGUUUAAUGAUAACCUUGAAAAAAAACAGUGGAUCACAAGGUGGAAUGAAAACGAAAGCUACUCAUAGGGGAGG